ACGGCGGCAGUAGCUGUCUCUCCUGUUCCCCUGGUGUGCGGCGGCGGCACGCGCAGCCGACCAGCAGGGCUGGCGGGCAAGGCAGCUGGGGACUGUACUGAUGUGGCGCAUGCGUGGUGCCGCCGCCAGGCGCUGGGGCUGCGGCGGCGACGAUGGCGAUGGCGAUAGAGGGGUUAGCUGUGGCCGUGGCCAGGAGCGUUUGGCCCGGGCGUUCGGAGGGGCCGGCGUCAGCGGCUGCUGUUGCCGCGGCGGUUGGAGAGGCCGCGCGGGCGGUGCCCGCCAGCAGCUGGAGGAGCGAUUCGCGGACCUGGCCGCAAGCCACCAGGAAGCUAUUCGCGCGCGGGAUGAGCGGGAUCGGCAGAAUGCGCGGCUGCGCGAAGAGAACGGGCGCUUGCGACUAGAGAAUCGGCGACUGAAGCGCGAGAAUCGGAGCCUUUUCCGACAGGCGCUGCAGCGGCAGGAUGAAGAACAGUCUCGGGAGCCCAUGCGACCCCCUCAGACCGUGACUGGAGGAGGGGAGCACCGUGAGCCCGACCAAGGGGAGGAAGAAGGAGGUUCCCGCGGUCACGCCCAGGGCGUCACAGCCGACUCAAAAGGAAGGAGAGCUGGAAAUGUACCUGUUGAGCCGGGAAGCCCCAGGGCCCUGAGGGCCCGCCUAGAGAUGCUGGAGGCCAUGUACCGCAGGGCCCUGCUGCAGCUUCACCAUGAACAGCAAUGGCAGCACCGUCGAGCCCAGGCCCAGAAGAUGGAGGCAAAGGAUGAAGAGGAAGAACGGCAGCUUCAGCUCCAGAUCCAAGCUCCAGACCCCGCACCCUUUCUCUAAAUACGCGGCUUGAAAGAGCAAGAGGCGGGGCUGCUUUUCUGACUGGAAUGGGGAAGGGAUUCACCCCCAUCCUUCUUCCGCCUCCCGGGCUCGCACACUUGUUGUUAUGCUAGGACACUUGGAUGUCUCUGUUAAAGUGCAAGAGAGCUGUGCAUAUGAACAUUUCCUUAUUCUUCUCACCCCUACCCCUCCACAGGGUCAGGGAGUUUUCAUUCUUCAGUCUUAGGUUGGAACCAGGUCAGGAAGCCUUCGCAGAAGCCACAUAAUCAGGGUCACAGGCUGGAGACUUAGCCUCUGCCAUAUGCGAGUGCCAGUGGCAUUUAGGUGAAAUUACUUCCAAAAGAAAGAAAGAAAGAAAAUAGCAAACACAAAACCAUGUGAGAGAACUGGAUGCCAAACUGUGCCUCCUAAUGACUGAACUAUGUCCUACUUGCUACCCCUACUUAAUUUUGUUGAGGACUUCUGUUUUGCCUCAUUUUGAUUCUUUGAGACUUGAAAGUAACUAGUUUAUUUUCCAAUGGCUUAGCCUGGUCUUUGACUCAUUUUUUUCUAAAAGAUCAAAGGCCCAGCCAUUUCUUGUGAAUGUAGGCAAGAUUUAAAUAGAUGAUUUAAACUUAGAGCUUUGUUUUCUUUUUAACAAAAUUAAUAGAAAGUAAUCCAUUCUUGUAUUAUUUUUGAUUCCAGCCUUCUAUCUGUUUAGUACUGAUUUAUUUACCCUUAUCAUUUUAAUUUUUUUUGCCUCUGGGCUUUUGAAUAAGUAAAACAAGUUAAAUAAAGUUUUGGUAUAUUGAUAAAAA